AUUUGGCACAAGGGAUAGGUAUUAACAGAAAUAGCAGAAUAGAAAGAUUAAAAAAAAAAAGCAGUAUGUUCUAUCGACAUUUUUCAUCGCUUUAUGACAAUUCAUGGUUCAAAGAACUAAUCGAUGAAUCGAAAAAACAAUCAACAGCUUAAUCAAUAGUGAAAAUAAUUGUUGGUCGCGGGCACUAGCGCUAACUUCCGAAUUCUGCCUAUAAUAAUGCAGCAUUGAUCCGAGCCACUAAGGCUUUUAUUUUUUUAAGCGCUCCCACCGGAAGCCGCGUCAAGUGAGCGCGUGUGACUUGACGCUCGCUCGUCUCUCUGCCCACAGACUCCCGACAGGAGCGCGACCGGAGAGCGAGCAGCAACUGGUCCGUUCUCCCCUCGCCUCCAGCACGACAGAGAAGAAACCGGCCGACUGACGGCCACACACUGUCGGUGGAAUAACGAGCUGCUUGCACGUCACCUCCACAGGCUCCUUUAUAAUAGUUGAAGACCGAGUGCCGAAGCCUGCAUCAUCCUCGCCCAAUGGCAAGUCCGGUCGCAGACAUCGGACAGUCUCAUCAGCAGCAUCACCCCGACUCGGCCGCAGACUCCGCGUUUCGAGAGGCGCAGACGUGGAUCGAGGCUGUGACGGGAAGAUGUUUUGGUGACAGAGAUUUCCGAGGAGGUCUGGAGAAUGGCAUACUGCUGUGCGAGUUGCUGAGCUCCAUUAAACCUGGCCUGGUGAGGAAGAUUAACAGACUUCCAACACCCAUUGCUGGCCUGGACAACCUCAGUGUGUUUCUCCGCGGCUGUGAGGAGUUGGGACUGAAAGGCUCCCAGCUGUUUGACCCUGGAGACCUGCAGGACACGUCGACACGCCCCACCGCCAAGGGAAGCGACUGCAGCCGGAAACUCAAGAAUGUUCUAAUCACCAUCUACUGGCUGGGUCGUGCUGCCAACGGCUGUACCUCCUACAACGGGCCCACGCUGGACCUGAAAGAGUUUGAGGGCCUGCUGUCACAGAUGCGAAAGGAGGCGGAGGAGGCAGAGAGCCCGAAACGCAGCAUCCGCGACAGCGGCUACAUCGACUGCUGGGACUCCGAGCGCAGCGACUCCCUCUCCCCGCCGCGCCACGGCCGCGAGGACUCGUUCGACAGCCUGGACUCCUUCGGCUCGCGCUCGAGACAGACCCCGUCGCCAGACGUCCUGGUUGCCCGCGGCAGCAGCGAUGGCCGCGGCAGCGACUCCGAGUCCGACGGCGCCCCCCACAGGAAGAUGCCGGACAUCCGCAAGGACGACAUGUCGGCGCGGCGGACGUCCGUCACCGAGCUGCGAACGGCCAUGCCCUUCAACCAGUACCUGCCCAACAGGAGCAACCAGAGCGGAUAUGUGCCGGCGCCGCUCCGCAGGAAGAAAACCGACAAAGAGGAGGGCACACGCAAGAGCUGGAGCACCGCCACGUCACCCGUAGGGGGCGACAGACCUUUCAGUCCAAAUGAGAUCCGUAGCUUAGACACCCCGAGUCCGUCUCCCACCCCGCCCCUUGAACCCCAGACACCGAUUCACCAGGAGCGUCACAGUGUAAAGGAUGAGGAGGAGGAAGGGAGGCGUGCUGCAUCAUCCAUACCUCGCAUUGAGAUCCAUUCAGCGAGCGCGAGGAGGAGCAGUGACCCUCCGCCCUGUAGACUCCCCCGGCCCCACGCAGAGCCCCCCUCGGAGGCCGUGACUCACCUGACGGUCACCUCUGAGCAAAGCACCCCAGCUCGCUCAUGCUCGGAGGAACUCUUCCACCAUUCGACGACUCUGGCGGGAGGCGGCGCGGCGGCGGUCGCCACAGGCCCCGGGAAAAAACACGCACCUACGGCGACAGAGGCCGGAGCGAGGAAGGGGGUCCCCGGUGCGCCGCCAGUCGGCGACUCGGAGCAGGACGAGAAGCGGGCCCGUCGGACGCCCACCUCUCCUAAGGCCAUCGCCGCGCAAACGAGUCCCUCCCGCUUCCUCCCCGUGCCUGCCACCGCGGCAACGACUUUAAAGGAUACGGCGGAGGCGGGCCGACGGAAGGCCAGGGCCCUGAGCGAAAGCAACGACCCGCAAGGAGGAGGAGGGACGCCCUGGUUGGACGGCAAUCUUCCAGCAACAUUCAGCCACACAGAUAGUGUGUCGGAUGAUUCGCAGAGUGUGAGUAUGAUCGACAUGCGAGGCGAGGACGAGUCCAUGUUGCAGCCCCACAGUCAGGUGCGCCACGAGCUGAUGCACAAUCAGUACAACAAGUUGAAGGAAGAGGAGGAUCACUGGCAGGACGACCUGGCGCGGUGGAAAAACCGCAGGAGGAGCGUUUCUCAGGAUCUGAUCAAGAAGGAGGAGGAGAGGAAGACGAUGGAGAACCUGCUGACCGGAGAGCCCUGCACCUCGCAGAGGAGGAGAAGCAUCAAGACGUACAGAGAGAUCGUGGAGGACAAGGAGCGUCGUGAGGAGGAUCUGCGGAACGCCUACCGAAGAGCCCGGACCCCCGAGGAGGCGUCGUUCGUCCUCCAGCGCUACGCCCAGCGCUUCUCCAUCAGCGAGGCGAUCCUGGAGCGCCUGCAGCUGCCCCAGCUCCUGGAUCGCAGCGUAUCCGCCGACCCCUCCUUCGCCGGCUCGCCGUUCCCCCUGUCCCUCUCUGCCUCCCCGACGACGCCGGACCCCUUCGACGAGGACCCCGACGGGCCCUUGAGGUUCCUGCGCCAGCAGUCCGCGCCCGCCCCCAAGUUCACGGCCACGCUGGAGGCGCGAAUCGAGGAGUUCCCCAAAGACUCGUCCUCCCACCAUCGGCCGCAGAUCCGCUCCCGCUCGUCCGAGCCGCCGUCCACGCGAGCCCUGUCGCCCAAACCGGUGCCUUUGCUGACGCCCAAGCCUUACUUCGAGCUCCGAGGCAGAGCGGCCGAGCCGUGGGCCAACAAGGCGGACGGUUUGCUUCGAGUCAACGGCAGCGUAGGAAGUGACGACCAUCCCACCACGCCUGAGAGUCGAGGAAGGGAAUCUCCUCCUCACUUCGAGGCAUCACCUUCCAAAACCUACAGCAGCAGCAUCAGCUCUGUAGCUGCCCCCGCCCCUUCCUCCUCCUCGGCAGCAUCGCCCGCACAUCCCAGUCCACACACCUCCCCCGGAGGAGGAGGAGGAGGAGGAGGAGGAGGAGGAGGAGGAGGAGGAGGAAGCAUCCCAGUGUCGACAAAGCCCGAGGAGGCACAAGGUGGCGCCAAAGCAGCUUCUGAGGACGUCGGAGAACAGAGAGUAACGGAGCAUUCGUCGCCACCGAGUCGGCCGACCUCACUGCCAGCGGAGCUGCAGAAGCCAGAGGAAAGCUUUUGGAAGACGGGAGGCCAGACAGCAGCUGCUCCGGAGGAGAACAACUCAAACGCUGCGGCUCAACCAACACUACUACCUUCAGAUGCCAAACAACAGGAAGUAGAAAAGGCUGAACCGUCUGGUCGGGACAUCUCCGGUCUGGUCAGCAGCACACAGCAAAGUCCGCCAGUAACUUCACAGGCGAGUUUCACCAGCUCCCAGGAGUUUUCACACACAAGAGAGAAUGUACCAAGCGUAGCUGCAUCGGGAUCAUCUGGAUAUCACCCGACACAGGAAAUCACACCAGAGUUUACAAACAGUGUCAGCUCUCCACUGGCAAACAGCAACCCUAAGUUACGGUGGGAGUUCUUCGCUCCAGCAGAGGAGGCAGAAAAGGAUUGUGGUGCAAACGUGUCAGUGCCGGUGUUGCCCCAGGCCAGGCGGGUCGACCGCUGGUCCUGGGACCCGGAUGAGGAGCGAAAGCGUCAGGAAAGGUGGCAGCAAGAGCAGGAGCGCAUGCUGCAGGAGAAGUACCGGCGCGAGCAGGCGAAGCUGAAGGAGGAGUGGGAGAAGGCCCAGAGGGAGGUGGCGGAGGAGGAGCGGAAGUACCACGAGGAGGAGCGUAGGAUACUGGAGGAGACCGUGACCCCUCUGACCCCCCGCUCCUCGGCCCUGCCGUCCCCGAGCCGCGGGGAGCUCUCCGCCGCCGCCGCCGAGCCCCACGACACCAUCGUGCGCUCGCUGGCCGACUGGGAGCGCAAACAGCAACUUCUGGAGAGGCAGUCGAGGGGGAGUACGGAGAGCGCGGAGGGGCAGCGGAGGGAGAACGACAGGACCAGUGACAUCAGCACUGCUGACGACAGCAUGAAGACGGGCAGAAGCUUAGUGAGUCACAGCAGCAGUCAGCCAGAGACACUCGGCCACAGUCUGCAGAACGGCCAGAAGCCUCAUCCUCUUCCUACUCCGACGUCAUCGGACAAAUCCUCGACUCCGGUGAAGAAACAACAAGAUGUCGCGGCAGACAGCAACAAGCCCAGUCGGCCCGCGGGAGACAGGAGGGCUGGUCCCAUUGAUAAUAACACGAGCCACAGCCCAUCACAGCCCCCUGCAGCUUGUCCACCUUCUCCAGACUCACUGCCUCCAGCACCCAACAGGUCGGUGAGCGGGAGGAAGCUUUGCUCCAGCUGCGGUCAGCCGCUGGGAAAAGGUGCAGCGAUGAUCAUCGAGACGCUGAGUCUCUACUUCCACAUCCACUGCUUCAAGUGUGGGGUGUGUAAGGGACAGUUGGGCGACACGACCACGGGCACAGACGUGCGGAUCAGAAACGGCCUCCUCAACUGCCACCAGUGCUACAUCCGCUCCCGCUCGGCCGGACAGCCGACCACGUUGUGACGCUCGCCAGGAAAAAGCACAAGGUUCACGGAGGAAAACCUCUCAUCCCUGUUUUUUAACCCGGUUAUCUGCAAAUCAUGUCCUUCACAGCGCGUCGGGAUCCCCGCGUCCUCUGCUGCUCGAAUAACCAAUGAAGAUUCAUCAUGGGGGCACAGUUAACAGAAAUAUAUAUAUAUAUAUAUAUAUAUAUAUAUAUAUAUAUAUAUAUAUAUAUAUUCUUUGUGUUUAUGUCAUCUUGUUACGUGAGUGAAAUCUGGAUUUGAUUGGUCCACGCGCCACCACCACAGACUCUGUGUCAUCAUGAGGAGAGGGAGAGAGAGACUGUUCUGGUGCGGCGGCCAUGUUGAAAAGAAAACACAAUAGCAUUUACGGGCAGCGUCUGUCGACCUCCUGUCCCGUCAGAACCAACACACACACAAAGAAAAUGUGGCGUUCGAAUCCUGGUUAAGUAGAAUAAGAUUCUAUUUUCCCGGAUUGGAAAAACAAAUGUGAAUAUUUAGCAUUCAGCUCCAUCUAAUGGAAACGCAGUAUAUCAUGUUCUCACGAUUUUCUUAAUGUAGAAUCCCCAAAAACUAGAACUGGAAAAAUGAAGAGGCAGCUCCGAUUGGACUUAUUUCUCUUCACAGGCUGGAUCUGAAUUAUAUUAAUAAUUUAAAUGUCCCUGCGGCGAGACGACGAGACUAGAAAACACACAGUAGUUUUUUACAAACUACGUUUAGAAAGUGAAACGAAGGUCACAAUAAAUCCACUACAUGGUAAGUUCUUGAUCCUUUGGCCCAGGCGGUGACCCCUCUCGGAUGUCACUCGCCCUGCGCUCAGAAUAAAAAUGAAUCGUCUAAUAUUGUAAGCGCACAUUGUGGGAUGUAGUUCAGUAACAGAAGGUUGUUGCUCGGGAGAAGUCAGGACUUUAAUGUGCCUUAAGAAAGUGGUGCAGAAAACAAACAACAACAACAACAACACAUACACACACACACACACACACACACAUUUAAUUUUUGGGGCUGUGAAGGGAGGGAUUUGGCCAAAUUUUCAUACUGCGGACGGACGAGCUGCAGCCCUCCCUCACAUCUCGCCUCACUCAAGCUGAUAAGUACAGUUUAUAUUCACGUAAAACAACCCCCCUUCAAUCCUCACACCCCCUCCCCUCCCCCUUCUCAUUCCUCUGUGAGUUGCAGUGAUAAACCCAAGGCGAGGAAAAAGGAAUACGUCUGUUCAUCCGGAAGAAUAUCGAGUACAUAUACAUAUAUAUAUAUAAAACAACUGCAGGGGGAAACCGUUGAUUUUAUUUUGAAUGUUUUUACUCUAGAGCGAUAUAGAAUUCUUUCUGUAUGCUAUUAAGUUGAGGUCAUUUUGAUAAUUGCUCAGUGGUAGGGAUUCACUUAAUAAAAUAAAAAAAUGUAAAAAUAUCACGUUCCAUGUAGUGAAACAGCAGAAGGUUGAGACGAACACACAAACCAGCAGCAGCAGUUUGCACCUGUGCGAUAUUUGGUGGGGGGAGGAAAAGAAAAACUAAAGAUCCGUGCCGCCAGCUGGACACAUUUAAGUCAGCCGCUUCUUUUCUUUUCCUAUUUUUUUUUCAUGAACUCGUAUGAGAGGAGCUCGAUUACGUAUUGUGGAUGUUUUUAAGAAAAUGCACGUUUAAGCCUGAAACCAAAUGAUUUGCCGUAUGAGAGCAAACUUAGCAGCCGCCUGCUCCUCCUCCGCCGCCGCCUGUAGCCACGCUUCUCCGGGUUCACCUCUCCCAAGCAGUCUUUUCAAGCUUCUCUUUCCGAUUUUGUGUAUUUUCCUUUUUUUUUUUUUUUUAAAUCCUCAUUUAGUUCUUGAAUAAAUCUCGGCCGAGUCUCUUAUAGCGGGAUCUUUGAGACGGAGCUCUAUAUUCAGACGGUCGUCUUCAACGGGGGGGGAAAUGGAAAAAAAACCUUUUACGUCUGUUCUGUAUUUAUUGUAAUAUUCACCUGAACACUAUCCGAAAAUAUAGAUUAAUUUGAUGUUUAAAUGCGAUGGCAUUUAUAGCAUACUGUAUGUUUAUAAAUAAAAUGUUAUACAUUUAAAAAAAA